AUGGAUAUGAAUACUCUUAACAUAUCAGCAACGGUGAAUAUAUUUCGUCUUCUCGUAAGACCGAAAUUGAUUUUGCCUCAAGCAACCGUUUCCACAUUCAACCACCUACCGAUACCUCUCAACUCGGCUUUUGAUAAAUACAAAAAUGCUGAUAUUAGAGCUGUAGUGUUGGACAAGGAUAAUUGCUUCGCAUAUCCUAAAUCCAAUGACAUAUACGAGCCUUACAAUGAAACUUUCAAAAAACUUCGGGAAGCUUAUCCAGGCCGGCGGCUUCUGAUUGUUUCUAAUACAGCAGGUGCUGAAUCUUUAGAUCGUUCUGGCAGGCUUGCUGUUGAAGUUGAGAAGUCUACAGGCGUUACAGUCUUAUCUCACGCUUCUAAGAAGCCCGGAUGUGGUCCUGAUAUUAUGGAAUACUUUUCCAAGUAUCCCGAGACCGGAGUCACCAGACCAGAUCAAAUAGCAGUUGUCGGGGAUAGACUCACCACUGAUGUUAUGAUGGCAAACCUCAUGGGCAGUUAUUCCGUAUGGAUCAAAGAUGGAGUUGUACCAGUGGAGGAAACAAGUGUGUUUGCAAGGUUGGAGCAGAAGUUCGCUGGAUUUUUGAUUCGACGUGGUUACGAGGCCCCAGAACCAGCAAGUCCAUUCGAGAAGUAG